UGUAUGCCAAGAUUACUGAGGUUCAUAACUUUUUGCUUUUAUUUAAUUAUGUUUAAUGAACAGAGUACUGUCUGACCAUGAAAACGCACCGUUUGUGAUAAAAACGACCGUAUCCAAACAAAAGUGUCAGGCAACAAUCGUUUGUGGCGCACAGUGUCGGCUGAACCGAUCAUGUGAGUUAUACAGCUUCAAUUAACUAGUUAUUUAUUUAUUGCAAGAUCGCCAUGUCGGUACAUACUUCACAAGAAGAGGCAGAAGCUGAUAGAGUGCUGAUGGUGAAGAAGAUCCUAAGCGCAGCAUUUUAUGCAUUUGCAUCCUUCAUGAUAACGGUAGUGAAUAAAACCGUAUUAACGUCUUAUGCCUUCCCUUCGUAUCAAGUUUUGGGCUUAGGCCAAAUGAUAGCCACAAUCACGGUACUGUGGUGUGGACGUUCAUUUAAUGUAGUGAAGUUUCCGCCACUAGACAGUGGUGUAGCACGCCGUAUUUGGCCACUACCAUUGAUCUACAUGGGAAACAUGGCAACAGGCCUCGGUGGCACAAAGGAACUUAGCCUUCCAAUGUUUACUGCACUCAGACGCUUCAGCAUACUCAUGACUAUGAUCCUUGAAAGAUUUGUGCUUGGAAUCAAGGCUUCAUGGCCUAUCCAGGUGAGUGUAUUGGCUAUGGUCGGAGGAGCAUUACUUGCAGCUGCUGAUGAUGUCACAUUCUCUUGGACGGGCUACACACUGGUACUAUUGAAUGAUGGUUUUACAGCUGCUAAUGGAGUUUACAUGAAAAAGAAAUUAGACUCUAAAGAACUUGGCAAGUAUGGGCUAAUGUAUUACAAUGCACUUUUUAUGAUCAUUCCUGCAGGCAUAGUAGCUUGGUGUACAGGUGAUCUGGAACGCUCUGCUGCUUACCCACAUUGGUCUGACAUGCUCUUUUUUAUUCAGUUUUUAAUGUCAUGUGUUAUGGGUUUUGUGCUAUCCUACAGUGUUAUGUUAUGUACCCAAUACAAUAGUGCGCUAACAACUACUAUUAUAGGAUGUCUUAAAAAUAUUUUUGUUACAUAUUUAGGUAUGAUGAUUGGUGGAGAUUAUGUGUAUUCAUGGCUCAAUUUUGUUGGUUUGAAUAUCAGUGUACUCGCCAGUUUAGGCUACACAUAUGUGACAUUUAAACGUAAACCUCCCUCAUACAUGCUGCUAAAUGAAGCAAAUAGUAAAGUUGAUACUGUAUAGUGGUUUUUAAAAAGAUAUUCAACUCAGUGCUUUACAAUAAUUGUAUGGUAAAAGUGGUUGUUGCCAAAGAUAUAAAUGAUUUAUAUAUUGCCUGGUAUAACCUUAUUAUUUUUAAUAAUGUGAUGGCUCAAUUUGAAAUAAAAUUGUAUUUG